AACAGCAAAGUUUGACAGUAGAGGAGUUAGAAUGAGAAAAGGUUACUUAUGUUUAAAAUAGUUUCUUCUGUUGCUGUAUUCGUUAAAAGUUAUUAACCGGUGAGUCUUAUGAGUUUGUGUACCGCGAAGAUGUCUAAAUGAGCCUUGUUUUAAGGACUUUUCCGUUCUGAGCAACUUGAAGUACAUGUUAGCUUAUUGUUAGCCUGUUAGCGGAGGCUGCUAAAGGAACUAACUGGAGUACAUGCAUGUGGGAAGCACGUUUUCUACCAAGUCUCUGAGACCGCAUGCAGUUUUGGCAUGAAGAAUCUCGUCGCUACCACACAGAGCUCAAAGAUUUCAAAAAGUUAACUACUGAGACCAUGGAUGGGCUGAGGACCGAGCACAGCGUGCUGUUCAAGGAUCUGGAAGGAGCUGCAGUUCAGAUGGACCGGGUGGAGCGAGAGAUGGACAACGUGGAGACCCAGACUUCACCUCGGGCCUGUGCGAAUAAGGCAGACAAGGUGGUGGAGCAGGGAGUCUGGGGGCUGGAGGAGAGCAGAGGAGAGGAGGAAGAAGAGGAAGAAGACUGGGAGGAGCUGCACUCCGAAGUGUCUGACUGUGUUGAAAUCAUUUCUGGCAUCAGAUCAGUGAAGAUUCUAAAAAGACUGGGCAGUCCCAAGGGGAUGUGGACCAGAGACCCCAGGUCAUCCAGAGUUUAUGUCUUUAAUGGGACAUCGGGAGAUGUUAUCUAUCAAUUUGACUCUGUGCAGGACUUUUCACGCUCUUCAGGAGUUGAAGAGGGCAGCAAACAGAUCCAGCUGCCCUUUUCAUGGAUUGGUCCUGGCAGUGCUGUUUUUAACAGCUGUUUGUACUACUUAAAACAGGAGGCUGGUGCAGACAUGCAGGUGGUCAAAUACGACCUGCUUAGCGGCUCAGUGACAGAUACUGCCAUGUUCCCCGUGGACAGCCAUGCUACCGUUUACAACCUCAACCCUGAGAUUGUUGCAGACCUUGCAGUAGAUGAUGAGGGCCUCUGGCUGCUGUAUGCCAAUAGUGACAGCGAGCCAAACAUCAACCUUGCAAAAAUGGACCCUGCUACCCUUGAUAUAGAAGAAAUAUGGGACACCAGGUGCCCAAGGGAACAUGCAGAGGCGGCUUUUGUGGUCUGUGGCACUGUCUAUGUUGUUUAUAACACGCGCCUGCCCAGUCGGUCACGGGUUCAGUGUGUGUUUGAUGUCAACGACAUGGUGAUCAGCGAGGAGGCUCCACUGCUCUACUUCCCUAGAAGGUACGGAGCCCAUGCCAGUCUGAAAUACAAUCCCGAGGAAAAACAGCUGUAUGGCUGGGACGAUGGCUACCAAAUCAUUUACAGAUUGACCAUGAAGAGGAAACUCCUGGUUUGACAGCAGGGAAGUAGUGUCGGGUUUUCAAAUCAAAGGUAAACUUGUACAUGUGAUCCUCCCUCCCAUGAUUUAGUCCCUUGCAUUGAAUUAUGGGACUUCCACUUUCACUGAAGAAGCAUCUGCGGCCGUGAAUACAAAGCAUGUCUAACUUAGCUGGCUGCAGGCCGUGAACAGGAUAUUAUCGUCAAUCAAACGUGGGGCAGAAAUAAGUCAAACUUUUACUUAAAACAGCAUGAUGUGAUCAUGUCUCAUUUUACUGUUGGAUCACUGGUUUUAACAAUGGUGUUUUGUAUCUAUUUAUUCUUUGAGAUAAACAAAGUCCUGCUUUACCUUUUUUUUAAGCAUGCUUGAAUUUAUUCCAAUGCAAGUGAUCAUCAAGUAUGAGGUCAGUAAAGUAUCUAAAAUGUUACUGUUUAAUUACUUACACAUGUUCUGAACUUUUGUUUAAGCCCUGAGCACUCAGUGGUGCGAGGAACUAUUGAAAUUCCCCAAAGGAUCAUAUUUUUAGCUACAAAAACAUUGGUGAAAAUGAAUAAAAAUUAGCA